UGUCUCUUUCAGCUGCUCACUUCGUGCUCAGUACAUACCAUGUCGCACCGCAAGUUCUCGGCGCCCCGACACGGACACCUGGGCUUUCUUCCACGCAAGAGAAGUUCCAGACACCGAGGGAAAGUGAAAUCCUGGCCUAAGGAUGAUCCCAGUAAGCCCGUGCAUUUGACAGCUUUCCCGGGCUACAAAGCCGGCAUGACUCAUAUCCUGCGGGAAGUGCACAGGCCUGGUCAGAAGAUCUCAAAGAGAGAAGUAGUGGAGGCCGUUACUAUUAUCGACACUCCACCAGUGAUCGUUGUGGGGAUUGUGGGAUAUGUGGAUACUCCGAGGGGGCUGCGAGCAUUUAAAACAAUCUUUGCUGAACACAUUAGCGAUGAAUGCAAACGACGUUUCUACAAGAACUGGUGUAAGAGUAAGAAGAAAGCCUUCACUAAAUACAGCAAGAAAUGGCAGGAUGAAGCCGGCAAAAAGCAGCUGGAGAAAGAUUUUGAAGCCAUGAAGAAAUAUUGCAAGAUCAUCCGAAUCAUUGUUCACACUCAGAUGAGACUGCUACCUCUGCGUCAGAAAAAAGCCCACAUCAUGGAAAUCCAACUGAAUGGAGGGACCAUUGCAGAGAAAGUGGACUGGGCACACGAGAAACUAGAGAAACCAGUCUUAGUGAGCACUGUCUUCCAUCAGAACGAAAUGAUCGAUGUGAUUGGUGUCAGCAAAGGAAAAGGAUUCAAAGGUGUCACAUCCCGCUGGCACACCAAGAAACUUCCCCGGAAGACCCAUAAAGGUCUGAGGAAGGUUGCUUGCAUUGGAGCCUGGCAUCCGGCUCGCGUUGGGUUCACAAUUGCCCGGACGGGACAGAAAGGUUAUUUCCACCGCACGGAGGUCAAUAAGAAGAUAUAUCGUAUUGGAAAAGGUAUCCAUAUCGAAGAUGGCAAAUUAGUGAAAAAUAAUGCUUCUACUCAUUAUGAUCUGACUGAUAAGAGCAUCACCCCUAUGGGUGGAUUUCCGCAUUAUGGUGAAGUAAACAAUGACUAUGUUAUGGUGAAAGGCUGUGUUGUUGGAACGAAGAAGCGUAUUCUUGCGCUCAGAAAGUCUCUCCUGGUUCACACCAAGAGGACCGCUGUUGAAUCGGUUGAGCUCAAGUUCAUUGACACAACUUCCAAAUUUGGCUACGGACACUUCCAGACACCAGAGGAGAAGAGAGCCUUCAUGGGGCCAUUGAAGAAAGAUCGGGUACAAGUGGGGGCCAGUGUCUCAGCUGAUUCUUAACAGCUGAAGGACGGGAUUGUCACUGAAUCCCUUAUCUGGCUGAGAAUAAAGAAUUGUUUGAUGCUCA